ACACCUCGCCUUCCAUCUUAUGUUCCAUCACACGCAUUCUUAUCUCUAUCACCUCUGUUUAUGCUCGCUAUACAAGUAGGAACGCUUGUUAGGUAAAAUCUGCAUUGCAGCCGUUCACGUAAUCUGCCGUUCUCUUUAUAAAAGGCCUCUGUAUUCACUUGAUCGUCCAAUUCUUGUUCCUUUCAAGGAUCACGUAUUCUCUUGGAACAACUUUCAAUGUCUACAGAAUCAAUCGCCACAUCCUCCCCUUUGCCGCGGAUUGCAAAAGAAGCUCCCGCACAUCCCCUUGCUCCCCUAUCCUCUGCUGAGCUCGUGGCUGCCGCAGCCCUCAUCAAGGCAUCAUGGCCUAAACACACGAAUCUGCACUUCAAGGUGGUCACGCUGGAGGAGCCUCCCAAGUCGGAGGUUCUGGAAUAUCUGGACGCCGAACACAGCAACAAGCCUCUCCCGUCUCUUCCUCGGAAAGCUUUUGUGAACUACUACAUCCGGAACACUAACAAGUUCCACGAGGCCAUUGUCAACCUCACAACCAGCAAGGUUGAGCACAACGUCCGCCUAGGUCCCCACAUUCACGCCAAUGGUGAUGCUGAUGAGCUCUUUGCCAUCGAGAAGAUUGCUCUUGAGGACGAGGCCGUCAAGGCCGAAAUCGCCAAGUUGCAGCUGCCGGAGGGUACUGUGGUCAUCAGCGACCCCUGGAUCUACGGAUCCGACGGUAUCAACGAUUCUGAUCGCUUGUAUCAGUGCUUUCUAUAUCUCCGGGACCCUAUGAACCCCUCGGAGGCUGAUUCUUGUCACUAUGCCCACCCCCUCGCCAUCUCCCCCGUCAUCAGCACCGAGACCAUGAAGGUCAUCCGUAUCGACAUCAUGCCGACCGGUGUUGACAACACCAUCAAGCCUACUCAGCCUUACAAGAUCAAGCCGCCAAAUGAGUACCUUCCCGAGUACCAGAAACUGCGAACCGACCUGAAGCCCCUGAACGUCGUUCAGCCCGAGGGAGCCAGUUUCACUGUGACCCAGGAGGACACCUCCUCUGUUAUUGAAUGGCAGAAGUGGAGGAUGCGAGUGGGCUUCAACCAACGUGAGGGGAUGGUGCUCUACGACGUCCGCUAUGAUGGCCGACCACUCUUUUACCGCCUGUCCCUUUCCGACAUGAACAUCCCCUACGCCGAUCCCCGCCACCCCUUCCACAAGAAGUCUGCCUUCGAUCUGGGUGACGCCGGAGCUGGCCUCAUGGCCAACAAUCUCAAGCUGGGCUGUGACUGCCUUGGCUCCAUCUACUACCUCGAUUCCAUCCUCGCCGAUGACGAAGGCGGUGUCAUCCCCAUGCCCAACGUAGUCUGCAUUCACGAGCAAGACGCUGGCAUCGGAUGGAAGCAUACCAACUACCGCACUGGCCGCGCCGUUGUUGUCCGCAAGCGCGAGCUCGUCCUCCAAUCCAUCAUCACCGUCUCCAACUACGAAUACGUCCUCGCCUUCGUCUUCAACCAAGCUGGCGAACUCGAAUACGAGAUCCGCGCCACUGGCAUUCUCUCCACCCAGCCCAUCGAUGAGGGCAUCGAAGUCCCCUUCGGCACCGUCGUGCACCCCGGAGUCCUCGCUGUCCACCAUCAACACAUCUUCUCCCUCCGUGUCGACCCCAUGCUCGAAGGCCCCCACAACCGCGUCGUCUACGAGGAGGCUCACGCCAUGCCGCGUUCAGACUUCAAUCCCCACGGCACGGGCUACUACGUCAAGGAGACCGUCGUCGAAGAAUCCGGCGGCUACGACGUCGACUACAGCGUCAACCGAGUAUUCAAGAUCCAGAACCCCAACGUGCGCAACCCCAUCAACAGCAAGCCCGUCGCGUACAAGAUCCAGGCGCCCGAUUUCCAGAAGAUCCUUUCCGACAGGGACAGCUUCAAUUACAAGCGUGCCGAGUUCUCCGAUCACAACAUCUAUGUCGUCAAGCACCGCGAUGGCGAGUUCUUCGCCGGUGGCAAGUACACGAACCAGAGCCGUGGCGGUACCGGUGUGCGCAGCUGGGCGGGUAGGAAGGAGAAUGUUAAGGAUACGGAUGUGGUGCUGUAUAUCCAGGCUGGUAUCAACCACGUCCCGCGUAUUGAGGACUUCCCCGUCAUGCCCGUCGAGAUACUCAAGAUUCACAUGAAGCCGGUCAACUUCUUCGACAAGAACCCCGCCCUCGAUGUCCCGCCCAGCGAGCAGAGUUUCAACAAGAGCGCACUGCUGAGCGAGCAGCAUCACCAGGGCAGUGCGGAAGCGACCGUUGGUGCGGACGGUACGACAUGCUGCGCUUCUAAGCUAUAGACGCGCAGAUUGAUGAGUGGGGAAGGGGUUUUGGGUGGGGUUGUGGCCUCGUUCCUUCAGAGGCUGGUUGAUUCUAAAUGAGGCUAUGAUGUUCGUUUCCUUUCUUCUCUUUCGGAUGUACAUAUU